AUGGAAGGUGACAUUAACUGUGCUAUCAAGCAAGUCCAGCUCAGAAAUAACCUGCUCAGUGACACCCAGUUGGAGACCACCAAGGCCAGUUUUUGGUCUCAUUACAGCCUUGAUCCAAACAUGGAGAAAGGAUCUGAAUUGCACAAGAAGACAAGAGGUUCCAGCAAGCCAUCAGGAGUAUUCCCUUCCCAGUUAGAAACCAACAGUGCAAUUCCUGAACAGAACAAUAGCAUUGGCAUCACAGUGACGCCAGAGGAUGCAACUGUAUGGGCAUCGCCUUUGACUGAGGAGGAAAAGAAUGCCAAAGAGACAAAAGAAAUGAGGGACUAUGAUGAUGGUGAUGAAAGUCAUAGCAACCCUUCCAGUAUCUCUUCCCCAGAGGUUCAAGCCUAUGAGUCAGAUCGGGCCCAAGACAGGAUCCUGGCAGAGAGGAAUGUUGUCUCACAGACAAUAGAUCUAAAUGAAAACUCCAUGGCAACAAUCAAUCAUUCGUCGAUGCUUAUCAAUCACCUCCAGGCUUUGCUGCUUAACUCCAACUCGAGUGACAUAAUGUUGAAAGUGUACACAGGGAACUCAGAUGAAGUGAAAGUGUUCCACACUCAUCAUCUCCUUCUCAUCCUGCAAAGCGAUGUCUUUGAGGACCUCUUGCUGAAUCACAGUGUUACUACACUCAUUUUACGGGAAACUGCUGAAUGUGCUGCACUUUUCGAGACGUUGAUCAGAUACCUGUACUGUGGCAAAAUAACCAUCCUUUUGAGUCAAGUUGUCCCUCUACAUAAAUUAGCCAGCAAGUACCAUGUCACUGCCCUACAGCAUGGCAUUAUUGAGUACAUGAACAAACAACUUGCCAGUGCAUCUCCCCGGGGGUACGUGGUCAGCUGGUACCACUAUUCACUCAGAAUAGGAGACAAAAGCCUGCAGGAGAGUUGCAUGCGGUUCCUGGCUUGGAAUAUGUCCACUGUCAUUCACAGCGAAGAGUGGCAAACCAUUAGUGAUGACUUGAUGAUCUCAUUGCUUCAACGCUCUGAUCUGGUUGUGGAGAACGAACUAGAGAUUUACUAUGGAGUUGAAGAGUGGAUUAAGAAAAAUCAGCCCGAUAUCCUGGUGACAGAGACAGUCCUUAAGUUAAUUCGUUAUACUAUGAUCAGCCCCCAAAGCCUGUUCCAAAUUCAGAAGCAGUCCUCUGUCAUGAAUGAACAUUACAGUUCAGUCCACAAUUUGUUUUUCCUUGCUUUCCAGUUUCAUUCUACUAGCCCUCUGGUGUUUGCCAAAUAUUUUAAUGUCAAUUGUAGCCUAUUUAUACCAAGAAACUAUUUGUCAAGUUCCUGGGGUUCUCAGUGGGUGAUCAAUAAUCCAGCUCGAGAUGAUCGCAGCACAAGCUUCCAAACUCAGCUGGCGCCUAGUAAUUAUGAUGCAAGCAAAAAGGUGACCUGGAAUGCUCUCUUUUCACCAAGAUGGCUGCCAGUUAGCCUGAGGCCUUCUUACUCUUACUCAGGCAAUGGAGCUGUCCAGGCUUUCAACCCUGAAGAAACUAGGCCAAGGAUUGUAAUCACUCCAGCUACGAACAGUGCUAGUUUUGCAGGAGUCACUUUUCAGAAAACAAUCCUAGUAAGAGUGAAGAAGGACAGCAGGUCUUAUGUGAAACACAUAUAUGAUUUCCAUCAAAGUACCGAGGAAACAGGUGACUUCCUCCUCCAGGCUGACUUCCAGAAACAUCCCUCAGAAUACCUGAUUGAUAACUCCCUAUACCUUCAUAUUAUUAUUAAGCCGAUUUACCAAUCAUUGAUUAAAGCCAUAAAAUGA